AUGAUGGAAUGGUUGAAAAAAUGUCUGAAAGCAAUUGUUUCAGCUAAAGUCAGGGAGUAUGUGAAGGACUACUGCAAGAGGAAUGGCCUUCUGACCCUCUCUGUGUUCGCCGUAGUGACGGGCUGCGUGCUUGGAUUUGUCCUCAGGACGUAUAACCUGUCCACACAGGCUAAGAUCUACUUUUCCUUCCCCGGAGAACUCCUGAUGAGGAUGUUAAAGAUGUUGAUUCUGCCGCUCAUCACCUCCAGUCUUAUGUCCGGCCUGUCAGCCAUGGACACCAAGGCCAGCGGUCGGCUGGGUUUCCUGACCAUCACCUACUACCUGUGGACGACCUUCAUCGCCGUCAUCGUCGGCAUCGUGCUAGUCCUCGUCAUUCACCCGGGCACGGGCACAGAGAAAGAUGGCCACCAUUCACAUUCAGGGCCUGUUAUGACCUCUGCUGAUGCUCUGCUGGACCUCAUCAGAAACAUGAUCCCGUCAAAUCUCAUUGAAGCCACUUUUCAGCAGUACCGAACGGACCUGGUACCUAUUGUGCAGAACUCGGAUGUCAAAGAAUCUCAGGCCAACUUUGUGUAUGUCAUGCCCGACUACCACAACCCUCAACUCGGACACCCGGUCUUUCUGGAGAUCACGCCUGCGCCAGACCUCAAAUACAAAAUCGUCCCGAGUACAAGCAAGGGCAUGAACGUGCUGGGGAUCGUCAUCUUCUCCGCCACCAUGG